AUGGAGCAUUCAUCCGCACCUCAUGUGUUGGCUUUACCUCUUCCAGCAGAUGGCCACAUCAAACCCAUGUUUAACUUAGCCAAACUUCUUUCCCAUAGAGGCCACAGAAUCACCUUCGUGAACACACAUCACAACCACAAUCGCCUCCUCCAAUCCACAGACUUACCAUCAUUCCACACCCAAUUCCCCAAUUUCCACUUUGUGUCCAUCACUGAUGGCUUACCCGAUGACCUUCCACGAAAUGGGGCCCUUAUGAACUACUAUCCAUUGCUUAUCUCUCCGAGUGCCAGGUCCUUAUUUGCUCAAGAGUUCCGAGAAUUGUUCUUGAAACUUGUUCAGACAAAUGGAGAGUGGCAACCACCAUCUUGCAUCAUAGCCGAUGGACUCAUGUCAACCAUUGCCUUGAGUGUUUCACAAGAGUUUCGGGUUCCAUUCAUUGCUUUCCGU